UUAUUGGGCUACUUUGAACUCCAUAAGUCGGGUUCUUUACUCCAUUAAUGAUUGUUAUCAAUAAACUCGAAGCUGCAGCUGGUGUUGAACUAAAUGUAGCUGUUACUGUGUUAGCACUAUCACUUAAAGUACAAGUAUGACUAGUUGAAGAAAUAACUGCAGUGCAAGUUCCUCCUGCUUGAACAGCGAUUUGAGAAGGGAAAGUAAUCACAAAUUUCCCCCCAGAAGAAGGAAUUGGAUUCUUGAGGACGAUAGUAAAACGAUACUCAGGAGUUGCUCCAACAACUAUACUGGUAGUUGGAGCAUUGGUAGUAACUGAUGUAAAAGAGUUGGAAAUAAGAGUAAACCCAUUGGUAGUGCCUGCAGUUCCUGAAUCGAUAACAUAUCCUUCAGUUGUUUGCGUUUGAGCCUGGAAACUAGUUUGAAGUGGUUUAGUUGAACCUGGAUUAUAUACUUCUUCUAUUUCGAAGAACAUUACAUUUCCAGCUGCUCAUCCAGAAGUACAAGCUGAAGUGAUGGUUAUAGUUUGGACAUUAUUUGCAGAAUCUGAAGUACUUGUACAAGUCUCUGCAACAGAGGUAGCGUUUUUACAAGUAACUUCUGUAGAUGAAGCUUUAUAGACUGCUUCACUAGGGAGUGUUAGAAUAAUCUUGCCAUUUGCAGGAAUUGCAGUCACAAUAGAAAAGGUGAUAUUGUAAGAAGUCUUCUCACCAACCUUAUUUGUUGCUAAAUCUUUUGUAACUGAAAAUGAUGUCAGAGUCCCUGGUGUGAGUGUUGGACUGAACUGCACUCCACUCGUUAUUUGGUCAAUAGUUGGAGAUCCUGUCAAUUGGACAUUCGUGGUCUUAAUGGUCACUGAAGAAGUGAGAGGGCUCACAAUCCAACUUGGGUUUAUAGCAUUAGCAAGAGUGAAACUUAGGGUAGAUCCAGCAGCUCAUUCAGCACCAGCAUUACACCACUGAGUGAUGGUAGUUUGGAAAUGAGUUGAGCUAGAAUCAGAGAGUGUACAGCCGAGGUUAUUUGAUCCAUUGAAGCAAGCUGUACCUGAAUUAUAUCUGACUUGAUCGAAUGGGAAUAUCAGAGUGAUUGUACUAUCACUUAGCAAUCUUGAGGUGAGGGUAAAAGAAAGAGUAUAACUUGCUUGUAAAGCAACUUGAGUCGUUGCUGAAGGUCUUGAAGCUGUACCAACAGUAAUGCCUAACACAGUAGUUGUAUAUGUUAUUCCUGUAGUUUGCUGCAUGAUUAUGUUGUUAGAUGAAUCUAAAACCUCAAGUUUCCAUGAAGAUGUCGCCAUCGCUCCGAGUGGAUUUUUAAAAGUACCUAUUGUAUACAAAUGCACUGUGUUUGUAUAAUAAGAUAAAGUCAUGUAUUUAUUUGUGGUAUCAACAGUGCAAGGAGGAGAGUUUGCAGUAAAUCCAAAUAUCAUUGUGCAUGUCAAUACUCCACUUGUCACAUAAGUUACUUCAGUUGGCCAAGUGAUUCUAAGGAAAGAAUUUGAUGGAGAAAUAUCUGUGUUUUCAUAGAUUUGUAAAGUCAACUCAGAAUCAACAUUGGUCGUACUAGGAGUUAUAGAUUGUAAAGAGAUUGUUCCUGGAGAAGUAGAGGUUACUGUUAAUCCUGAAGCUUGUUGAUCUAUUGCAUUUGACAAUGAAUCCAGAGUAGUAAUUGUGAAGCUGCUUGAUUCAACCUGUGCUUCUGGGUUGUUCAAACUUUGAAUUGCAACGACAAUAUCUUGUGCUUGGGGUGUAAUGGCAGAUGAUGAGGUAAGUCCCGAAAUGGUAAACUGUCUAGAUAUUUGUUCAACUGAGGUUGUAAAUCCAGAUUUUGAUUCUCCAUAUACAGUUACUGAUACUAGUCCAUCUGCUGAGCUAAGUUUAAAGUUUACUUCGCUAGGCCAGUUGAUUCUGAUAAGACCAUUCACAGGAAUCUGAUUGGUGAUUCUGAAUGUAAAUGUCAUCGUAGUCGGGGUUCCUGCAGUCUUCGCAAGAUUUGUCGCAGAAGCUGAAGCUAAUGAAGCAGCUGUGUAAGUAAUCGUAUCAUGAGUAGAUAUGGUUGCAGAUCCUGCAGAAACUCUAAAAGGGUCUAAGAAUCUAACAGAAUCUGGAUUCUGAAGAAUACUGCCUGUGGUCAAGCGUAUAACAAAAAGCCCAGAAUAUGACUGCCCUAAUGUAAAGGUAAGAGUCCUUGAUCCCCCAUCAUUUGAAUUAUAAGUGCAAGUAGAGACUGGGGAGUUGACUACUCCUCCAGAUCCAAGAGUUGUAAGUGAUCAAGUUGUUGUUUCACCAGUAUUUACACCGCUAACAGUGAUGCCAGUUGGAAUUGUAACUUUGAUAGUGUCUCCUGAAUUUAAACUAGAUAUUAAGCAAAUGGUUUACCUUGAGACUCCAGUAAUCUGAAAUUCCAGUUGGGGUGACUCUAAGAACCUGAGCUUGGGAAUAUUGCAUCAGUCAAACAGAUAUAAGUAAGAUCAUAAUCCAAGAUGAGAAGCUUGAUUUUAUUCGAUUCUUACAUCUAGAAGAUUGCAUA